AUGGCCACGUCAAACUCUUUUGACCCGAUCGGAGGGCGCAACGUGCUGGCAGGAAGUCAGUUCAAUAACACAACAAUUAAUUUCGGUGACCAGAAAGAUUCCCUUCACGAUGCCCAAGCCGCCUGCCAGGCGAUCCACUUCCCGCGCAACAAUGACUUUGUCCGGCGCAGCGGCAUUUCCGCGCAGCUCGAGCGGCUACUCCCGCCCCGGACCGAAUACCAGAGCGCGGCGCUAUGGGGACUCGGCGGAGCGGGCAAGACGCAGCUAGCGCUCGAAUAUGCAUACGGCCGAUGCGCCAACGACUCCUCCUGCUCCGUGUUCUGGGUCCACGCCGAUACCGAGACGUCGUUUGCACAAGACUACAAGUGGAUCGCGACAAAGCUGAGAUUAGCAGGCGGCCUUGAUGGCAAUGAGCUGCUAAAGGCCGUGCGUGCUGCCAUCGAGGGGCUGCCGCAUUGGGUCAUGGUGCUUGAUAAUGCGGACGACUUGUCGCUGUUUGGGGUCAGGCGGAACCCAAGGCUCGCACGCGGUAGUGCCACGGAUGGUGCCGGCAACGGUGCCAGCGAUGGUGGUGUCACUGACUUGUCCGCUUACAUCCCACGAGGCAACACUGGGACAGUGCUGUGGACCAGUCGAGAUCAGCAGAUUGUGGGCAGCCACGUGGGACCGGGACACGGCAUCAACGUGGUUCGCAUGACUGAUGCAGAAGCCGAGAGUCUGUUUCAGGCCAUGUCAGUCCUCGAGAUACACGAGGGAGACGAAGGCCACGGCGAUCUGCUACGACUACUAGCCGAGCUGGGCUGGCUUCCGCUCGCCAUCAGCCAGGCUGCGGCCUACAUCCGGCGAACAAAGAUAUCGAUCGGCGAGUAUGUCGAGAGGAUCCAGCAGAGGAAGAAGCGGCAGAAGAUACUAAAGAGGUCAGAGCAUGAUCGCCAUCGCAGACCAGAAGUAUCGAACAGCGUAUUGGAGACUUGGGACAUUUCGAUGGAGUAUAUCAAGAGGGAGAACAGAAUGGCGUAUGAUAUCCUAGCGGUGCUCGCCUAUGUGGAUAACCAGAAUAUCCCGUAUGCAAUCAUGGCCAGGAUAGCGGAGAUGCGGGACGAUGAGAAGAGCGAUAAUAUUGACGAGGAGAUAAGCAGCCCAGGUUUUAUCUCCAGGGGCGGAUCCGAAAGCAAUGGUAGAGAAAGCAGAAAUAGCGAUGAGUCCGACAGCGGCGAUGACAACGCAGGCGACAGCGAAGACGACAGCGAAGACGACAGCGAAGACGACAGCGAAGACGACGAUGACGAUGUGAUAGAGGCACUCGCUCGGCUUGAAGAGUUCUCUUUCGUCACUUUGCGCCCAGUGCAGACUAGCCGCAAAUCUCAUGGUGACCGAGUUUAUGACAUGCACAAGUUAGUGCAGGAGGCGAUCUUGUACCAUCUGCAUAUACAAAAUGCCAAGAGCCAGAUGGAGGCACGGUCCGCGAAAAUGGCAUUCGAAAUAACAGACAUGCUAUUCCCCGAACAGUGGCACCGUCAAAACUGGGACUGGUGUGAACAGAUGCUGGGACAUGCACAGCGGGUAGGCGAAUGGGCACGACUUCACGACAAAGGGGAGGAAGUUGCAUACUUUUUGUUCAGAAUAUCGGAUUAUUUAUGUGACAGGGGGAGAUGGAGAGAGAGGGAGAUGGUCGAUAUGGCGAUGUCUAAGCUUUGCGAGAGGAUCUUGGGUGAGAGCCAUCCGCACACGCUUAUUGCUCGAUCGAGGCUAGGAGUAUCGAUUCAGCGAUUGGGGAGGCAGAGGGAGGCGGAGAAAAUCCACGCGGAAAUACUGUCACUGCGGCGCGAGAUCCUAGGAGAUAAACAUCCAAAUACAAUCGAAAGUAUGGUAUCUCUUGCAGCGACCUACUUCAAGCAGGGGAGUAUGGCGUCUCUUGCGGCGACGUACGGUAAGCAGGGGAGGUAUAAGGAGGCGGAGAAAAUGCAUAUGGAAGUGCUAUUAUUGCGGCGCGAGAUCCUGGGAGAUAGAUAUCCAGAUACGAUCGAGAGUAUAUCGUCUCUUGCGACGACGUACCAUAAGCAGAUGAGGUAUAAGGAGGCAGAAAAGAUGGAAACAGAAGUGCUGUUACUGCGACGCGAGAUCCUGGGAGAUAAACAUCUAGAUACGAUCUGUAGUAUGGCGGAUCUUGCGGCGACGUACUUCUGUCAAAUGCGAUAUGCCGACGCCGAGCGUAUUGAAGUGGAGAUUCCAAAACUGCGCCAACAAAUACUUGGAUCCAAACACCCGGAUACACUCCAAGCCAUGGAUAACCUAGCUGAUACAUAUUACGCCCAGGAAAAAUACCAGGAGGCAGAGGAGAUUUACGUCAAAUUGGUGCAAAUGCAACGGGAAGUCUUGGGAGAACAACACCCAGAUACGAUCAAGAGUGUGUCGCGUCUCGAUGCAUGCCGGCGUGCUCUGGAAGCAUUGCUCAAGACUGACAGUGACGCGGGAAGUGACCUGGGAAGUGAUAUAGAAACUAAUGGUGUUUCAGUAGCAGGACUAUCACUUGAGUAA